AUGGCUGCGGCAACUGUGACUCGGAAGUGUAUUGGCCUGGAUUGCCCGAACGACGCUGGCACUCUGCAAUGUCCGACAUGUCUGAAGAUGGGCACCGAUAGCUUCUUCUGCUCGCAGGACUGUUUCAAGCGGAGCUGGAGCGACCACAAGUCCAUUCACAAGAAGACGACGGGACACUAUAACCCUUUUCCAUCGUUUCAAUAUACCGGUUCCCUGCGACCUGUCUACCCGUUGUCUCCGAUGCGCACCGUCCCGAAAUCCAUUCCUCACCCCGACUAUGCCAAAGAUGGCUUCCCUCGAUCAGAACAGAAGUUCGUUGGCCGGCAUAAUAUCACCAUCUUGAACGCGAAAGAGCAGGAGGGUAUGAGGAAGGUCUGCCGGCUCGCAAGAGAAGUGUUGGAUAUUGCUGCGCGGGAGCUGCGGCCGGGUGUCACCACGGACUACAUUGAUGAAGUCGUCCACAAGGCCUGUGUUGAGCGCAACUCGUACCCAUCGCCGCUCAAUUAUGUGAACUUCCCCAAGUCGGUCUGCACCUCGAUCAAUGAAACCAUCUGCCACGGUAUCCCCGACCAGCGGCCGUUGGAGGAUGGUGAUAUCAUCAACAUCGACGUUACGCUGUACCAUGAAGGAUUUCACGGAGAUAUCAACGAGACGUAUUAUGUUGGAGACAAGGCCAAGGCAAACCCAGAUGCUGUGAAGGUCGUGGAGACCGCGCGGGAAUGCUUGGACAAGUCGAUUGAGUUGGUCAAGCCCGGUAUGCUGUUUAGGGACCCCGGAAAUGUGAUUGAGAAGCACGCAAAGAGCCGGAACUGCAGUGUGGUCAAGAGCUACUGCGGUCAUGGUAUCAACCAGCUGUUCCACUGCGCACCGAAUGUUCCCCACUACGCGAAGAACAAGGCCGUGGGUACUGCGAAGCCUGGCAUGUGCUUCACCAUUGAGCCCAUGAUUAACAUUGGUACUCACCGAGAUCGCACAUGGCCCGAUGACUGGACGAGCACUACUGCAGACGGGACAUUGUCUGCGCAGUUCGAACACACUCUUCUCGUCACUGAAGACGGCGUUGAGGUGUUGACUGCUCGGUUACCGGAAUCCCCUGGCGGGCCGAUCCCUCUGCCGGAGGCGAGUGCAAAUUAA